GUGGUGAUGCUGCUGGCGCUGGUCAUCCUCAUCCCGGCGCUGGUGAGCUCGGCGGGCGCGGACGGGCGCUACGAGAUGCUGGGCACCUGCCGCAUGGUCUGCGACCCCUACCCGGGCCGGGCGGCCGCCAGCGCCCCGCCGCCGCCCUCCACGCUGGUGCAGGGCCCGCAGGGCAAGCCGGGCCGGCCGGGCAAGCCGGGGCCGCCGGGCGAGCCGGGCCCGCCGGGGGCCGUGGGCCCGCCCGGGCCGAGGGGCGAGCCCGGCAAGCCGGGGCCCCCCGGCCCGCCCGGCCCGGCGGGGGGCAGCGGCGCCUUCAGCACCGCCACGGACAGCACCGCGCCCCGCGUGGCCUGCUACGCCGGGCUCAAGAACCCGCACGAGGGCUACGAGGUCCUCAAGUUCGACGACGUGGUGACCAACCUGGGCAACAGCUACGAGGCGGCCACGGGCAAGUUCACGUGCAGCGUCCCGGGCACCUACUUCUUCACCUACCACGUGCUGAUGCGCGGCGGGGACGGCACCAGCAUGUGGGCGGAUCUGUGCAAGAACGGGCAGGUGCGGGCCAGCGCCAUCGCGCAGGAUGCUGACCAGAACUACGACUACGCCAGCAACAGCGUCAUCCUGCACCUGGAUGCCGGCGACGAGGUCUUCAUCAAACUGGAUGGCGGCAAGGCGCACGGGGGCAACAACAACAAAUACAGCACGUUCUCGGGCUUCAUCAUCUACUCGGACUGAGCUGCCGCCCGCUCACCCUCGCCAAGCAGACUGGGAAGGUUCCCCGGGGCGGGGCCCAUCCCCUGGCCAUGGCCUCCCUGCCACCCGGAGCGCUGGGGAGGGCACCCGGCUGCCGACAGUGAGACUCUGACAUCUGCCCCUUUCGCUUCCCUGCUUUCCUCCCCCAACAACUACGCGGCCCCCGUGAGCCCCGUCUCCCCCCCGACAGCCCCUUGAGCCCCGUCUCAACCCUGAUGGCCCUGGGGCCCCUGUGAGCCCCAUCUCUCCCCCCCCCCAACAGCCCUGCGGACCCCCGUGAGCCC